GCGCCGCUGCGGAGCCUUUCCCGGCUGCCGCGAUCAUGUCGGACCAGGCUCCCAAAGUUCCUGAGGAGAUGUUCAGGGAGGUCAAGUAUUACGCGGUGGGCGACAUCGACCCGCAGGUUAUUCAGCUUCUGAAAGCUGGAAAAGCCAAGGAAGUCUCCUACAAUGCAUUAGCCUCACACAUAAUUUCAGAAGAUGGGGACAAUCCAGAGGUUGGAGAAGCUCGGGAAGUCUUUGACUUACCUGUGGUUAAGCCUUCUUGGGUGAUUUUGUCCGUUCAGUGUGGAGCUCUUCUGCCAGUAAAUGGUUUUUCUCCAGAGUCAUGUCAGAUUUUUUUUGGAAUCACUGCCUGCCUUUCUCAGGUGUCUUCUGAGGACAGAAGCGCCCUGUGGGCUUUGGUUACCUUCUAUGGGGGAGACUGCCAGCUGAAUCUCAAUAAGAAAUGCACACAUUUGAUUGUUCCAGAACCAAAGGGGGAGAAAUAUGAAUAUGCUUUAAAGCGAGCAAGUAUUAAGAUUGUGACUCCUGAUUGGGUCCUGGAUUGCAUAUCUGAAAAAACCAAAAAAGAUGAAGCAUUUUAUCAUCCUCGUCUGAUUAUUUAUGAAGAAGAGGAAGAGGAGGAAGAGGAAGAGGAAGAGGUUGAAAAUGAGGAACAAGAUUCACAAAACGAGGGGAGUACAGAUGAGAAGUCAAGCCCUGCCAGUUCUCAGGAGGGGUCUCCUCCAGGUGACCAGCAGUUUUCACCCAAAUCGAACACAGAGAAGUCUAAAGGAGAAUUGAUGUUUGAUGACUCUUCAGAUUCGUCGCCUGAAAAACAAGAGCGAAAUUUAAACUGGACCCCAGCUGAAGUCCCACAGCUAGCUGCGGCCAAGCGCAGGCUGCCUCAGGGAAAGGAGCCUGGGCUGAUUAACUUGUGUGCCAAUGUCCCGCCUGUCCCAGGUAACAUUUUGCCUCCUGAUGUCCGGGGUAACUUAAUGGCUUCUGGACAAAAUCUCCAAAGUUCUGAAAGAUCAGAAAUGAUAGCUACUUGGAGUCCAGCUGUGCGGACAUUGAGAAAUAUUACUAAUAAUGCUGACAUUCAGCAACUUAACCGACCUUCAAAUGUAGCACAUAUCUUACAGUCCCUCUCAGCGCCCACAAAACAUUUAGAGCAGCAGGUGAAUCACAGCCAGCAGGGCCAUGCCAAUGCCAGUGCCAUGUUGUUCAGCCAGGUGAAAGGCACUCCAGAGACACAUAUGCUGCAGCAGCACCAUCAGCCCCAGCAGCAGCAGCAGCAGCAGCCGAUUUUACACCUGCAGCCCCAGCAAAUGAUGCAGCUGCAGCAGCAGCAGCAGCAGCAGCAGAUUUCUCAGCAACCCUACCCCCAGCAGCAGUCCCAUCAGUUCUCGCAGCAGCAGCCGCCGCAGCCACAGCAGCAGCAAGUCCAUCCGCAUCAGUUUCCACAGCAACAGCUACAGUUUCCACAGCAACAGUUGCAUCCUCAACAGCAACUGCAUCGCCCUCAGCAGCAGCUACAGACGUUUCAGCAGCCGCAUGCCCUGCAGCUGCAGCAGCUGCAGCAGCACCAACUGCAGCAGCAGCAGCUGGUACAGCUGCAGCAGCAGCAGCAUAGCCUGCUGCAGCAGCAGCAGCUACAGCGCCUGCACCAGCAGCAGCAGCAACAGCACAUGCAGAAUCAGACAGCACAACACUUGAGUCAGACAUCCCAGGCGCUGCAGCAUCAGCUUCCACCUCAGCAGCCCCAGCCCCAGCCCCAGCAGCAGCCACCACAGCAUCAUCAGCUGUUUGGACACGAUCCAGCAGUGGAGAGUUCUGUUGUAGUCCCGGAAGAAGGCUUCUUACUGGGAUGUGUGUUUGCAAUUGCGGAUUAUCCAGAGCAGAUGUCUGACAAACAGCUGCUGGCCACUUGGAAAAGGAUAAUCCAGGCCCAUGGUGGCGCUGUGGACCCCACCUUCACGAGCCGAUGCACACACCUCCUCUGUGAAAGCCAAGUCAGUAGUAUGUAUGCACAGGCAAUAAGAGAAAGAAAAAGAUGUGUUACUGCACACUGGUUAAACACCGUCUUAAAGAAGAAGAAAAUGGUGCCCCCGCAUCGAGCCCUUCAUUUCCCCGUGGCGUUCCCACCAGGAGGAAAACCGUGUUCGCAGCACAUUAUUUCUGUGACUGGAUUUGUUGAUAAUGACAGAGAUGACCUAAAGCUAAUGGCAUACUUGGCAGGUGCCAAAUAUACAGGUUAUCUGUGUCGCAGCAACACAGUCCUCAUCUGUAAAGAACCAACAGGUUUAAAGUAUGAAAAAGCCAAAGAGUGGAGGAUCCCUUGCGUAAAUGCCCAGUGGCUUGGUGACAUUCUCCUGGGAAACUUUGAGGCCCUGAGGCAGAUUCAGUAUAGUCGAUACACAGCAUUUAAUCUACAGGAUCCGUUUGCCCCAACUCCGCAUUUAGUGUUAAAUCUUCUAGAUGCUUGGAGAGUGCCAUUGAAAGUGUCAGCAGACUUGUUGAUGGGUUUACGAUUACCUCCAAAACUGAAGCAGAAUGAAGUGACUAAUAUCCAGCCUUCUUCCAAAAGAGCCAGAAUUGAAGAUAUACCACCUCCCACUAAAAAGUUAACGCCAGAAUUGACCCCUUUUGUGCUGUUCACGGGAUUUGAGCCUGUCCAAGUUCAACAAUAUAUUAAGAAGCUCUACAUACUUGGUGGUGAAGUCGUCGAGUCUGCACAGACGUGCACACAUCUUAUUGCCAGCAAAGUGACACGCACCGUGAAGUUCCUGACGGCCAUCUCUGUAGUGAAGCACAUCGUGACACCGGAGUGGCUAGAAGAGUGCUUCAAGUGCCAGAAAUUCAUUGAUGAGCAGAACUACAUUCUUCGAGAUGCUGAGGCUGAAGUACUUUUCUCUUUCAGUUUGGAAGAAUCCUUAAAACGAGCACAUGUUUCUCCACUCUUUAAGGCAAAAUAUUUUUAUAUCACACCUGGAAUCUGCCCAAGUCUUUCCACUAUGAAAGCAAUUGUGGAAUGUGCAGGAGGAAAAGUGUUGUCUAAACAGCCAUCUUUCCGGAAGCUCAUGGAACAUAAGCAGAAUAAGAGCUUGUCAGAAAUAAUUUUGAUAUCCUGUGAAAAUGACCUUCAUUUAUGUCGAGAAUAUUUUGCCAGAGGAAUAGAUGUUCAUAAUGCAGAGUUUGUUUUGACUGGAGUGCUCACACAAACGCUGGACUAUGAAUCAUAUAAAUUUAACUGAUAGCUUCAGCUGCUGUGAGCGUGGAGUUUGGAGCACAGGGCCGGCUGCAGCCUGGGCCCAGCGCCAGGGCUUCCUUCAGACACUUGUUUUCCAGCUGCUUUCUUAGGGAACAAGAUUUUAAAGCAGGAAAACAAAUAUAAUAAAUAUACUGCAUCUUAUUAAGAUGUGCAAUUUUAUUCUGAGGAAACAUAAAUUAUGUUUUGUAUUAUAUGACUUUGAGAGCCCACACUAGGUUUUACGAUUCAUUUGCCAGGUUUUUAAAUGUUUUCACAAAACUGUGCGGAACUUCAACUACAAAUAAAAUGGUGUAAAUAAAGACCUUGCUAUCUCUAAAUUAUGGAUGUUAAAGAUCUGAAAUGUUUUGUACUUUGAUUAUUUUUAUUUCUUAUACUCUUUUCUUUUAUACUGAUAUCUUGCCCACCUUUUAAAUAAAUGUACUUUUGAACUUUA